CUCUUCUUUCCUCUCCCCCCUUCCCCCUGUCGUCCUCUGCCUCCUCCAGCAGCCCCCCAGCCCCCAGUGGCGGGGGCUGGCGGGUUUUCUUCCAGUACGACGGCGAGGGCCGCUUCGUCUUCCACCCUGGCGGCCAGGCGUGGAGGAUGGACGUCCAGCACGUCCUGACCGUGCCCGUCGUCGUGCGCCCGGGGGCCUGGCGCAAGCUGCAGGCGGGCCUGAGCGACCGCCCGGCCAGCUUCCGCUUCGUGGGGCUGCCUUCCGAGGUGGAGCGCGUGAAGGCCCGCGUCCAGAGAUGGGUCCGCGGCGAGCUGGCCGAGGAGUUCAACGCCUCGCCCGCGGAGAUCGUGGCCGCCAAGCUGCCGCUGGGGCAGGAUUUCGACACCCGAACGAUGAACGACAUGGAGAAGGGCGUAUCGAUCUGAGCGGCGUCUUUGCCCUGCUCUGUUGUUCCUGGCGUCUUUCCAACCCGCGG